AUGACCGACUCCGGACCCACUAUUAUUGCGACAUGCAAGCAAACACGAUUCCACCUCCUCGACGACAGACCAUCGCAGGAGGUCGACAUUCAGGGUCUCAACAUCGUCGUCCGAUCCUCUCACCAAGCCAGCGACACUAAUACCACAGACAAAAAGCCCAAGGCGUCCAAAUCAAAAUCAAAGUCCGACGGGCUAGAACUUAUUUCAAAUGCAGAUCUCAGACUCAAGGCUGGCGUUCAUUAUGGCCUGGUUGGGCGAAAUGGGACCGGAAAAUCUACUAUCCUCAGGGCAAUGGCUGAGAAGCUUAUUCCAGGAAUAUCAUAUCUGACCAGGAUUGCUAUCUUGCAACAGACAGAUGCUGAAAUCAAAGAUGAAGAUCCCAGUGGUAUUAGCGAUACUACGAGGGAUAAAUUGUCCAUAUCCGACAGUGACAAGGGAAAGACUGUUUUGGAACAGGUUAUGGCUUGUGACGAUUUGAGGAACGAGACUAAAAGGAAGGUUGACAUUCUCUCGAGAAGUGUAGAGAAUGAAGAAGACUCCUUGGCACCUGUGUUGGCAAUAAGAAAGCUCCGCCACGAGCAGUUACAAAAGCAACUUUUUCUAGCGCAAAAAAAUGCACACUUGAGAAGUGGUUCAAGGGGCCUACAGGCCAGAAAGGAGCUUAAAGCUAUUGAGGCUAAAGUCGCUAUCUCGCAAAACUUGCUAGACCAAGAUCCAACGUCCAUCGAUGCCGAAACUAUUACAAUCGACACCAAAGCUGCAGUUGAUCUAAUGGAGGAACUUCAAUCUCAGUAUGAUACAAUCAAAGUAGUCGAUAUAGAGCAACAAGCCCGCAAAGUACUGUUCGGCUUGGGGUUCAAAGAAGCAAGUCUUAGCAAGCCAUUUGGGACGCUAUCCGGUGGCUGGCGAAUGCGGUGCAUGCUAGCUGGGAUUCUUAUUCAAAAUCCAGAUAUAAUGAUUCUGGACGAGCCGACCAAUUUCCUCGACCUGCUUGGGGUGAUGUGGCUUGAAAAUUACCUCAAACAGAUUCGAGAAUCAUCGAGCACAACCUUGGUUCUUGUGUCUCACGAUCGAGCGUUCAUUAAUGCAGUCUGCGAAGAGCUGGUUAUUCUACGUGACCAAAGCCUGACCUAUUUCAAGGGCAAUCUCGCAGCGUACGAGGAGAAUUUUGAAUACCAAAAACUUUACUGGGGUCGAAUGAAAGAAGCACAGGAAAAGCAGGUGGCGCAUAUGGAGGCCACCAUCCGCGAGAAUACAAAGAUCGGCAAGAAAACGGGAGAUGAUAAUAAGCUGCGGAUGGCCAAAUCUCGUCAGAAAAAGAUUGAUGAUCGAAUGGGCGUGCAAGUAAGCGCUAAUGGUGGCCGAUUCAAAUUGAAUCGAGACAUGGUAGGGUGGCACGAUAACGCGAGAGCAGAAAUUGAAGUGCCCAAGGACGAAAAGGGCAUAUUUAUUCACUUACCAGAUGCGCCGGAUUUGAGAUUCCCGGGACCCCUGAUCUCGCUUGAAAAUAUCACUUUUAGGUACAAGCGUACUACCCCGGUGGUCCUCAACGAUAUCAAUCUCACCAUUCACCUCGGUGACCGGGUGGGCAUAAUGGGUCUCAACGGCUGUGGCAAGUCCACGCUUCUGCAGCUGCUGACGGGGCAGAGGGAGCCAGGCAGUGUCGGAAAGGUCACGCGCCAUCCGAGGCUGAAGAUUGGAUACUACGCGCAAAACUCGGUGGGCGAUCUGCAGAAAGAGGGCCACGCAGACCCGGCGUUGACAGCGCUUUCCACGAUGAUACGUGAAGUUGACGGCCAAUGCAAUGAAGGCGAGGUCAGAGGGCUGUUGGCCUCUUUGGGUCUGCCUGGUCGAAUUGCAUCUGAUGUGCCUGUUUUUCGCUUAUCUGGAGGGCAACUGGUUCGGCUGGCGAUGGCAAAAAUCCUUUGGAAUCCGCCUCACCUGCUAGUGCUAGAUGAAGUUACCACCCAUCUUGAUUUCCACACGGUCACAGCACUCGCAUCUGCGCUGUCGACGUUCAAUGGCGCCAUCUUAAUAGUCUCGCACGACCGCUUCCUGGUGAGGUCUGUGGUGGAAGGAAAGCGGGACGCAGAAGCAAAGCUGAACGAUGACUUUGAAGCCGAGGACGACGAUGAUCAAGAAGACAAUGACCAAGGGCCAAGGCGAAGGGUGGUGUAUGUCUUGAAGACAGGGAAACUGGUUGAACAGGGUGACGGGGUGGCGCAAUUCGAGAACAGCUUAGAAAAGCGCGUCCAGAAGAUGCUGGCUGACAGAUAG